AUGGCCGACCACCCCAGCCCGGCUGACCAAUCCCAGGCAAUAAUUGAUCCAAUAGCAGACUUGUCACAAAAACUAUUCCAGUUAAUUCAGAAUAGCCAAAAUGGAAAUCAGAAAUCAGCAAACCAAUUCAAUCUUGAUUCAGCACAGCCACCGUCCGACAUAAAAUUGAAUGAUUCCAAUUAUGUUGUCUGGGCAAAGAUGAUGGAGAUGUUUAUCACAAGGCGAGGGAAAUCAAACCAUCUGACUGGGACUCCCUCCCCUCCGACAGAAACAGACCCCGAGGAACGUCUGUACCUAUUUUUGGCCGGAGUACAGUCGGACCUCGAUCCAGUCCGUCGAGAAAUUCUCAACGGGGAGCCAUUGCCGACCUUGGACAAUGUCUACUCUCGGCUCCGAGGUGAGAAGUUGCGCCAUGCCAUCCACCUUCCUCUUCCAUCACCAGCGACAGCAGGUUCUGACCUCGUGGGGGCCGGUCUAUUGGCUAAAAACCGGUCAGACAUAGACAAGUCAUCACUCCGGGAUGAUAAAUCAAGCCUAAAAUGUACUCAUUGCGGUGGAUCUCGACAUACCCGGGACGGAUGCUUUAAGAUCAUAGGGUAUCCGGAGUGGUGGGAGGAAAACAAUAUCCGUAAGAAGAAAGGAAAGGGACAAGGCGCAGGGAAUACGGCUACGGUCACUACCAGCGGCACCCAAAAGGCUGCCUGCGGCAGUAACCUGAUCGGACAAACGGAGGAAAACUCGGGCAACGGACAAGGCUCAGGGGUUGCAGCGGCGCUACAAGGAGCCAAGAAAAGAGGAGGCACGGGUGUCCCUUAUGAUCGGGAAGGAGAUAAGUCUGAAUCGUUAGCCCUUAACUCUAUCGGUCAUGCUCACAAGGUACAAAAUGCUAGUGGGUGGAUAUUUGAUUCAGGAGCCACAGACACUAUGACUAAUGAUUCUUCAUAUUUUGUUGUGUCAGCCCCACCCUCAAAAUCCAAUAUUCUAAACGCUACCAGUGGCUCCUUCCCGGUCAUCGGUGGUGGUACCGUUUCUAUAAACCCCACUUUAAAUGUCUCCAAUAGCCUCUAUGAUAUUCAUACGGGCACGGUACUGGGCCGUGGUACUGAGAAAGAUGGACUGUACUAUGUGGAGGAGGUCUCAAGUACUAGGUCAGCUCAUUUAGCUCAAGGGUCCUCAACCCGACAGUUAUGGCUCUGGCACCGGCGCUACGGCCAUCCCUCAAGUGAUUAUCUUCGUACUUUGUUUCCUGAGUUUAAAUCCAUUGACAUUCCAGUUUGUACUUCAUGCGUUCUUGCUAAGAGUCAUAAGAGUACUUAUCAUAUAUCCACAAAUAAAUCUGAUACUCCCUUCUCAAUAAUACACUCUGAUGUAUGGGGGCCUGCCCCGGAAUCUGUCUCCCCUGAUUAUAGAUACUUUGUGACUUUUAUUGAUGAUUGCACUCGUGUUACUUGGGUUUACCUGUUAAAACAAAAAAGUGAAGUGGCUGAGAAAUUCUGUGAUUUUUUCCGCAUGAUUAAAACCCAAUUUCACAGGACCAUUCAAGUCCUCCGAUCUGACAAUGGGGGGGAAUUUGUAAAUAACCAUCUCCAAACCUUUUUCCGGGAUAAUGGGAUCCUUCACCAAACUACUUGUCCUUAUACACCACAGCAAAAUGGGGUUGCUGAAAGGAAAAAUCGACAUAUCCUUGAGACUGCCCGAGCCCUAUUGUUUGAAGCCCAAGUUCCUCCUAAGUUUUGGGCUAUCGGCGUUUUGACCCAAUCUCUAAACGGCUCUUCACUACUAUGGACUGCACUUUUCUGGAAGAGGAAUAUUUUUUUUCCCUCGCCAACUAGCAGUGAGGGGGAGACAACGGCACAAUCACCACCACUGCCAAAUUGGCUUAGUCAGGGGGGGCCAGAACUUGAUCAUUCUUCUCUUCCUGAGUCUACACCAGAACUGGGAGACACUGACCAUCUAGUACAGUCCUCGGUCUCAACGUCACAACCAGAACCUGACACCGUAGAAUAUCCUGAGGAACACACAACUGAGGUAUGUGAAUCUGAACUUUCCCCUAAUUCUAAUAACCUUACCACUGAACCCAUUUCCUUUGAGGUUCCUGAAACAGGCCAAUAUGUCCUACCCCCUCGAAAUAAUAGAGGAAUUCCACCCAGGAGAUAUGAUCCAGAAUUCGAGGCAGCCAGGUCCAGAUACCCUAUGGCAAACGUUACCAGAGGAGAAAGACUAUCACCUCAGUUGGUCAACCUACAGAAAAACAUUUGCUUAGAAUGGAUACAAAAGGAUGCAGCUGAACUCCGUUGUGACAACAAGGCGGCAAUAAGCAUUUCUGAAAAUCCAGUUCAGCAUGAUCGAACAAAACAUGUUGAAAUAGACCAACAUUUCAUCAAAGAAAAGUUGGACAGUGGUCUGAUAUCUUUACCGUUUGUUCGAUCAAAUGAUCAAUGGGCGGACAUCCUAACCAAAGCAGUAGCUGGACGAAUAUUCCAUGAGGAUUUGGGCAAGUUGGGUAUGCUAGAUCCACAUGAACCAACUUGA